UUCUAAUUGGAGGAUUUGUGCCAAUCAGGGCAUGCAAAUUCGCGCCAAUCACAAACGCGCAAAAAUACAGGAGGCUAUAUAAGGAAGAGUUCCCGCAUCUCGGCAUCAGUUGCUAUGAUAAACAAUAUGGCGAUGCUGCUUAUCAUUUUGCUCGGAUAUUUUGUUUCGGUUGGUCACAUCUCCACGAUUGAAAUGCCGGAAAUGUAUGAGGAAUCUACCUCAAACUUUUCAAUACGUCCGAGGUUUGGAGAAGUGCUGUUCAAUCAAACAAUGGAGGUCGAUUGGCAUAUAUUCCAGCAACAGCUGUAUAUCAAAGUCAAAGAAAACGAUCUCGUGGUCUCUCUCACCUGUGUCAUGGACUAUUUGGCUAUUUUAGCAAUUGAGAUUUGUUCAAACUUGAACGCCAUGUUGGUUCGUAUCCACCAGUAUGGCAAAGAUUUCUCCGUCGAAUUGAGCAAUAGUGUUGUUGAAACUACAGUUUUCGAAAUGGAGAGCAUGUAUGCCUGCUUUGCUGACCUCUUCAGCAGUGUGCAUGCGUUCAGCUUAGACUGUUCCAGAACUGCUGUCUCUUUGUCCACUCAGGCCGUAUACCUAGUCAGCACCAUUCUGUCUUCUGUGUCUUCCGAGGAUAUCCUUCACCUCGGUGCGUCCUUCUGCUUGAUAACUUGGUGUAUUUCGGUUGUGGAUACAGCACGAGAGUUCUCUAGGAGGCUUGCAGUGAUGAACAAGACAGUGAGCAGUGUCGCAGAAGCAAACCGAGAGUUAAAGCUGAAAUUUGAAGCCAUGGAAAGAGAGAAACAAGAGAACGAGAGAAUCCUGUUAGAUAUUGAGAAGAAAACAAAAGCCUUGUCAAUGAUGAUGAGUGUAUACGCGUCCGAAACUAAGUCGAAAGUUGGAAAAGCUGGCUAGUCACAAAUAUCUUCGCCGAAAUUUUGCAACGUCAUACGUUGUUGUAAAUCAUCUCUUUUUGUUAAUCGUCGAUCGAUUAAAGGUUUCAUUUGAAUCCA